CGCGGCGGAGGCGGCGGCGGCCGAGCAGGGCUCCAUGUUUUCACCCGGCCAGGAGGAGCACUGCGCCCCCAAUAAGGAGCCAGUGAAAUACGGGGAGCUGGUGGUUCUGGGGUACAAUGGUGCUCUACCUAAUGGAGACAGAGGACGGAGGAAAAGCAGAUUUGCUCUGUAUAAGCGGCCCAAGGCUAACGGCGUCAAACCCAGCACAGUCCACGUCAUAUCCACGCCCCAGGCAUCUAAGGCUAUCAGCUGCAAAGGUCAGCACAGCAUAUCCUACACCCUGUCAAGGAACCAGACUGUGGUGGUCGAGUACACCCAUGAUAAAGAUACGGAUAUGUUCCAGGUGGGAAGAUCAACAGAAAGCCCUAUAGACUUCGUGGUUACAGACACCAUUUCCGGCAGUCAGAACAAUGACGAAGCCCAGAUCACUCAGAGCACCAUAUCCAGGUUUGCCUGCAGGAUCGUGUGUGACAGGAACGAGCCCUACACAGCGCGGAUAUUCGCAGCCGGAUUCGACUCUUCCAAAAACAUAUUUCUUGGAGAAAAGGCAGCCAAGUGGAAAAACCCCGAUGGCCACAUGGACGGACUCACCACCAAUGGCGUCCUGGUGAUGCAUCCGAGAGGGGGCUUCACUGAGGAGUCCCAGCCCGGGGUCUGGCGUGAGAUCUCCGUCUGUGGGGAUGUGUACACCUUGCGAGAAACCAGGUCGGCGCAACAAAGGGGAAAGCUGGUGGAGAGUGAGACCAACGUCCUGCAGGACGGCUCCCUCAUUGACCUGUGUGGGGCCACUCUUCUCUGGAGAACAGCAGAUGGCCUUUUCCAUACUCCAACCCAGAAACACAUAGAAGCCCUCCGGCAGGAGAUCAAUGCUGCCCGACCACAGUGUCCGGUGGGCCUCAACACCUUGGCCUUCCCCAGCAUCAACCGGAAAGAAGUGGUGGAAGAGAAACAGCCCUGGGCGUACCUCAGCUGCGGCCACGUGCACGGGUACCACAACUGGGGCCACCGGAGCGACACAGAGGCCAAUGAGAGGGAGUGUCCCAUGUGCAGGACUGUGGGCCCCUACGUACCUCUCUGGCUCGGUUGUGAGGCGGGAUUUUAUGUAGACGCGGGGCCGCCAACUCAUGCUUUCACCCCUUGCGGACACGUGUGCUCAGAGAAGUCUGCAAAAUAUUGGUCUCAGAUUCCACUGCCUCAUGGAACUCACGCAUUUCACGCUGCCUGCCCUUUCUGUGCAACGCAGCUGGUUGGGGAGCAAAACUGCAUCAAAUUAAUUUUCCAAGGCCCCAUUGACUGAUGCCUUUAACAGCCAUCUACGACUUUAUUAACAAGUUACUGUGAAGAUUUUGCCACUAACUCUAGAUUUUACCUUUUUGUAAUGCUGUUUAUUAAGGGGGAGGGGGGACUGGGACUGGGAAAAAUAGAGGGUAAUACCUGAAAGAAACAUGGCAGGAGGUUAACAGAUACCAGUGGUGUGUUGCAUGCUCAAAACAGCGGCAUCGUCAUUGAAGUCUGCUUGAUUCAACUAUAAUAUCUUUGUAAUAAUUGGAUUUAAAAUGCCAUGCUUUUAUUUUUAACCUUGGGUUUUUAACCAGGCUUCUUUCCUUUGUAUACUUGGACAAGACUUUAAAUCAUAUUUUACAAAUGUAGACAAAAUUUAUUCAAAAGUUGUUAGCUCUUACUGUGCAACCUUCAGUGCUACAUGGUAUAGGUGUUACAUGAAAGAGACAUCGUGAUGUCCAGAAAUACUUGAUAAUGACUAGAAUCUACCCAGAUACCAAAGGGGUGGCUCUGUAAAAUGUGGUUGGUGGACGGGAGACCUUAGGCACAGGUGGGGCUUUUUUCUGAUUUAUUUUUCUUACUUUUAGGGGGGAAGAGAAUAUUCUUACAUUAUUAUAGGGGUUUUUUGGUUUGUUUUUUGUUCGUUCUUAACAUUCAUUUAUCCAACACCUGCCAUUUCAAUCAAGGAAUUUUCCUUAACUUUUUAGUUUGCCUUUUGUUAUUUCUGCCUGAAGGUGGUUUGUCCCUGUAGUCAUCUUGCAUGGCCGGAACCAUUUGGUUGAUUAAAAUAUAGUAGCUCUUAAAAAAUUCAUUAACUGAGGGUGGUCAUUACAGAUAGCCUUGGUACUAUAGUAGCAAAUUUACUUGUUACUGAAUUGUUAAAAUAUUUAAAAUGAUUAAGAAUAAGCUUUUACUUUUUUAAACCACUUGUUCGGGUUUAAUAAGAUUUUUUUUUUCACUUAAGAAAGCCAAAACUCUGUGAGCCUAAAAGCAACAAUCACAAUGAUACAGUUGUUUUUGUUCACUUACUUUCUACCAUCUGUUAUCUUCCCUUGCAGCUUUAGGAGCCCUGUAAGUUUUGAAAAUGUUUAUAAAGCAAACUAAAUUUAAAUGUGAUCAUUAGAUAUACAAUACCAAGUGGUAUAUCUACAGAGAUCAUUUGAAAUUCUUGAUUUUGAGAGAGCAAAUGCGGGCUUACUGAAAAAUAAUCAAAUCAGACUUUCAUAUGAGCUUCAGCCUCCCUCUCUGUUAGUUUCAUUUUGUUUGAUUAAUAAUUCUUGGAUGCUCAUUCUUUGUGCUCAGUACAGUAGGGUCACUGCUCCUAGAAGGUAAAGAUUCUUUAGGACCUGAGAAAGCUAGAAGCUGACUGAGAAAAAAAUAGAUCCCUGCCACAUGGAGCAAGUAUUUAUUUCAACUGACAUUUUUUUACACUGCUGAUUUGGGCUACGUGGUUUUAACCUUUGUAAAUGCAUAUAAUUUAUAUGAUUACAAGAUACUAUACCCAGGGACCAGCAGUUAGCGUACUGGCUAUGUUGCUGGACUCCCGUGUAGU